GGGCAUUUAUCAGUUUUUCUGUCGGUGACCCUUUGUUUUAUGCGGUGUUCCUGCAAACCCUAUCCGCUUCAUCUUCUCUGGCGUAAUGCAAAGAAAUAUACCGAGCAUAUGCUUGGUUUGAAAUCAUAAUCAUGGCAGCCACAACUGUUGCACCAGCAGUAUUUUAUCUGUUCGAUGCUACGAAGGUCCAUUCUUUGAUAAACCCAACUGCUUCUGUUUGUCUGAAACAGUCUUCAACAUUGUAUAGGGUGCCUACAUUGUCAUUCCUCCGAUUGAGAGCCACCAAUUUUAAAGCCGCUUCUCAUCUGACCGCAAGCCAAUCCAAAUUAUUUUCAGUCCUCCAAGAAUCAGCAGUAUUGCCAUCACAAGAAAAAGAAGAAGAAAAUGAUAAGCACAAAAACUUAAAAGAGAAAGAAGAAAAAAAUGAUGGUAAUGAUAGCCCAAAUCAAGAAUCUACUCCGCCUCCUGAACCUAGCACCAAGAUCUAUGUGGGAAACCUUCCUUUCAGCUGUGACGUGAAAGAAAUUACUGAGAUGUUUCAGCAAUGUGGAACUGUAGUUUCGGCGGAGCUUAUUGUGGACAAGAAAACUGGCAGAAGCAAAGGGUAUGCCUUUGUUACAAUGAACACUGUUGAAGAAGCCAGCAAAGCCAUCGAAAAGUUUGAAGAAUUUGAAAUGGGUGCACGUUCUAUUACAGUAAACUUCCAAAAGAUUCAAUCAAGAAGGUUGUUUCCCAAUAGACGUUCGAGGGAUUGGAAACAAAGGACCUAUGUAGAUAGUCCCCACAGAGUUUAUGUGGGUAAUCUUGCAUGGACAGUGAACUCUCGAAGUCUUGGAAAAUUUUUCGAGUCUUGUUCAAAUGUGUUGGGUGCAAAAGUUAUAUAUGAACCACAAAGUGGAAAGUCACAUGGAUAUGGUUUUGUUUCAUUUCUUUCUAAGAAUGAUGCAGAUGUUGCCAUAGCUUCGUUGAAUGGAAAGGAUUUGGAGGGCCGACCUGUUCAAGUAAGAAUGGUUAGAAAGUGGGCUGCAACCAAGAAGACUUCCAAUGGCGAACUUUCAAAUGGAGAUAACCCUGCAAAUCCUUAGUCCACCACUAUACUGAUAAGAAGAUUGGCAUUUUAAUAGUUUAAUGAAUUUCUUACUAGACUUGGGUGAAGCUGAUGGCACACGGCUGAUAGAAUUAGAGAUUACCAUUAAAGCUUUCUAGCUGCCACUAAGUCAAAUGACAAGGAUGAGAAUAAAGUCAAGCUCUCAUUUGUAUUGACAAUAUUUAUUGUCUAAAAUGCCCCAUUUCAGAAAAAUGAUUAUCCAUAUGGCCUGUAAAUAGUGAGAGAAAGGCUAGCUUCCAUUAAAAGUUCAAAGAUUUCAACAUGAGCCAAUGUAUCCCAUAUGCAGUUUUUAAUAGAUUUUGUUAAAAUGG